CUCGGCAGGCAGAGCAAAAAACAUCAGCUGGAGUUUUGUGAUGGUCACGUGACUAUGUUGUGAGUAUAUUACUCCAAAUGUCUGAGUUUGUUCUUCACUACAGAGCCGCGGACUGUCUCUGUGUCUGCUGCGUUCAGGGAGGCUGUGCACGGUGCAGCACUUUGACCGUUUUUAACGCAGUGCAGUUUGCAGAUGACACUCUGACAGCUGACGGACUGAAGGAAGACACACCUGGAGUUUCAGCGUCCGGACGCCAACUUUUUCUGGGGGGAAAUUAUGAGAAACGUGGAGCUGUGAUAUACAUAUAUAUAUAUAUAUUAAUUUCCAUUUGACAGCUGACAAGUCAGGAAGAGAUGGAGAACAAGGCCAUGUAUCUGAGCACAUAUGAGGAGAGAGACAACGGCUCCAUGUAUGAAGAGGCCUACGAUGGACGCAACUUGUCCAAACUCAACCUCUGCGAUGAAGGUUCUGGAAAGCGUCGCAGGAAGCAGGAUCAGUGCUGUGGUCACCUGAACUCCCUCUCAGCCAUCAAAUAUGCCAUUGUUUCCCUCUACGUCCUGGUUCUUCUCACCAUCUUUGGACUCUGCCUGGCAGUCUCUCGUUCCCAGGUUUCUUCGCAGCGGCAGGAGGUGCUGAUGGAGAACGUGACCCGGAUGUCGGAGCGCUCUCGGCUGCUCCAGCAGACCCUCGGUGAGGCGUCCACUCAGGCCGACCUGCUGGAGAACAUCUGGAAACUGGAGAACCUCUUCCAUAACCACAGUGACUGGCUGCAGAGGCUGGAGAUCCUCAUCAAGGGUGUGGAGGUGGAGCUGAGGAGCAUCCAGGCUUACUCUCUUCAGUCAGAGGGCUACCUGGUGCAGCUGGACGACAGGUUGUCCUCUCUGAGCAGCUCCACCACCAGAAACCUGACGGGCUUGAGCGCAGAGGUGGCACGAGCCUCCACCUGGCUCCGCGACCAGGAUGUCCUGAUCAGGGAUGCCUCGGUGAAGGUGAGCGGGCUGAGAGAGAAACUGGAAGAGGUUAAUUGGACGGUGGGAGCUGUCAAUCACACCUUCACCAAUGACAUCAGUAUCCACAACUUGAAGAUACAGGACCUACAGAUCCAGAUCAGCAACAUAACAGAGGACACCAGCAGUUUAUGGGUGACCCACGUCCACACGGAGGCCCAGCUGAGGAACGAGAUGGAGAUCCUCAACACGAUCACAGAGGACCUCCGUCUGAAGGACUGGGAGCACUCCAUGGCCCUGAAGAACCUCACCAUAAUAGAAGGGCCUCCAGGACCAAAGGGAGAGAAGGGUGACACUGGACCACUUGGGCCUCCUGGGGCCCCUGGGCUGACUGGCUUGAGAGGGUUUACAGGAGAAAAAGGCAUCCAGGGCCCUCGUGGUAUUAAAGGCUCGGUCGGGGUCGAAGGUGUUCAGGGAGAAAAAGGAGACAGGGGACCUGUCGGGCCUAAAGGUGACAGAGGAGAAAGAGGGUUGAAGGGGGAGAAGGGCGAUCGAGGAGACCGAGGAGAGAAAACAGUGGAGGAGAUGCUGGUGCGGUUGGUGAACGGGUCGGGUCCUCACGAAGGUCGCGUUGAGGUUUUCCACGAGCGCCGCUGGGGGACGGUGUGUGACGAUGUCUGGGAUAAAAAGGACGGAGACGUGGUGUGUAGGAUGCUGGGAUACCGAGGAGCCACAGAGGUCCACAAGACUGGACGCUUCGGACAGGGUACUGGUCUGAUCUGGAUGGAUGAUGUCGCAUGUGCAGGGACUGAGGACACCAUCCACCAGUGUAGCUUUUCUGGCUGGGGCAAAACCAACUGCGGCCACGUCGAGGACGCUGGUGUGACCUGCGCCGUCUAAACCUCCAGGAUCCUUAUUCUGCUGCAGCCUCAAACUGUGCCCUUUAAACUUUUAAGAAGCUACAAGGUGUGCAAGCUUUUUUUUAGACGUUCACAACUAAACCUGUGGCUGUUUUAGUCACAGAACUGAAUCACGGGGCUAAUGAAAUUGCACACAUUUUCAGACUUUGAGCAGCAAAGUUAUGGUUUUAUUGACUGCACAGUAUGAGUCGGUACAAGGAUGGAUGAUCGGACGACAGGACUCUUCAUCAGGAUUACUUCAGCUCACCUGUCUUCAAUGAAGGAGCAGAGGUCGGCUUUUAUAGGAGUAGGGUGAAGUAGCCCUCAGAGGCUUGUCUGGGGUCAGUUUGCUUGUUUUGUCCUCCAGCGUGAGGUCAAACCGACCCGACAACUUCAUCAUCUGAGAGCCUUCAUUUGUCAGCUGUUGUCUUCAAGAUGCUGAGCAGAUGAGAUGGUGCAUAACGAAACUGACAAGACUGUGUCACUGAACUGAUUUUUCAUUUACAGGCAGCUGCUCUUCACAGUAUUAUGUAGGAAUGGCUUUUGCUAAACAUACCACAGUGUUGCCUUAUCAUAUACAGUAUCAUAUAGCAUCUCACAGUAAACAGUUAUUUGGUGAUUUGCAGCACUGACAUCUGAGUUAAAACUGGGGCUACAAUUUCACCUUUUUUUCCACUUUUAAUUGUCUCUUUUUUAACUGUCACUGUCACUUUCUAGCGCCCUUCUACUUUACAGAGAUUUAAAGUUAGUUUCAGUUCAGUGUUUAGCUGUUUGGCCCACACAUGUAUUGUUUUGAUUCACUCUCACUGCUCUCGUAUCAUUGUUGGCCACAGCCGGCAGCUGUUUUCACCAUAAAAAGCUCUGAAAACCCACUGUGCACCACCUGAUCUGCACCAAACAGCAGACAGACACAGUUAGAGACCAGCUGGUGACCAUAGUGGAGCAUUUAGCCACUUAAGGGCCAGAUAUUUCCCUCAAGAGCUGGUAGAGAUGAAAAACAGAGUUAAACGAGGGGGAAUAUUGGACUUGGAUUCAUCAGGUGGAGAGAAACACAACUCCAAAUACAUGGUAAUGUUGCUUCACAACUUCAGGAUGUGUAAAUAUGCAGCUGCUUGUUAACAAGUUCAUCAUCUGGCCCAAAAAAAUCUGUUAUUGGAGGUUUAACAAAAGCUCUGUUUACACAGUGUUCCUCACCAAAACACAUUGUGUGAAUCCUACAGGUCACACAAACAGGCUGAAUGAUUCUUCACUGCUUUUGUUGAAGCAUAGCACCGUCAGCUGUGGAUUCACCGUUUGCAUGCCUGAUUGUGCAUGAUACAAACAAAACAGAAACCCACUCAUAAAAACAUCUCUCCAUAGCACUACUAGUGGUCAAAAACUCCACAGGGUGGCUUUAAGUGAGAGUAAGAGUUCAUUGUUAAGUUCUACUAAUUAAUAUUUUUAGAUUUUGUGCACAAAGAAUUAUUAGAUCUGUUGCCCAAAUCUGCAGCUCUGGGUUUUAACUAAUUAUUUCAGCCUCAUUUCCAGCAGCAACAGGCAGCUGUUUUUAGCCAAAACACUCAUUUUUGGACUCCCAUUCACUUUACAUGAAUGCUAAUGUUGCUCUGAUGCAUAAACAACUUUAAACUGUGUCUUUUAACCUACAAAUAACCAAAUCAAUGCUUACUGUGAGCUUGGUAUUUAUAAAAAAAUCAAAUUUGUUUAAAAAAAAAAAUCAGAUUUUGGAGCUGGUUAACAGUCACUACAGUUGACAGAUGAAGCAAUUAUGACAAUGGAGAGAACAGAUGAGUAUAAACAGAUGGAUGCAUGGACGCCUGCCCUGUACAAUUUAUAACAGUGGGUCUGUCAGUGUUUGCUGCCAAAAGUCGAGUUGUUUCAGCAUAAAUGCACGAGUAUGCACACACACACACACACACACACCAAACCAACCAUAACAUACAAGCUUUUUCUUCUGAGUUUUAUGCCUCUCUCUCUCUGUGGGGUUUAAUCUUUAUAGCUGCUCUCAAAUCCAAAAAAGCUGGUACCUCCCAAGUGUCCUGGCUCACCUCUCUUUCUGAGAGUAGAGAAUACACCAAGCCGCAGGUUGGAGUGAAAUUUACGCAGGAACCUGUCUCUUUACCCAGUCGUGUUUUAUAUUUGAAGAGGGAAAACAUUUUUUAGUGCACCUAAACGUUUGGCAAACUGACAAGCUUAAAAUGUUUCCCCCAAGGGCUGUAGAUGAAUUCCCUUUGCUCCUAUAAUCUGUAGUGAAAUCUGUCUGUGUAAACUGUCCUACUUAAAACAAAUCAAACAAGUGUGUGGCUCACUAACUUUUUAUGAAAAUGAAUGAAUCCACACAGAUGAUGUCCAUUUGAAAGUGUGUGUCCAAGGGAGAAGGGGGAAAAAUAUUUUGGAUAUAAAUUUGACUUUUCAUGGCACGGCGGCCAGAAAUGGAUUUUUUCUACCUCAUGUUAAAGUGCCUUGGUGUUUGUCGAGGUUUCUGUUUUAAACCACGACUCUGCCACAGAGGAGUCUGGGGAAAGGGAGAAUGAGGUGAGAAACCAGACUCAAUAGACUGAUGUGUCUUAAAAAGAAGCUACAGCAACACAAAAAGUGAAUUAUGGAUGGGCAACAUGUUUCCCUGGUGCAUUUUCCCCUUUAAGUUGAUUGGAUAACUCUAUCAAUUGUUUGUGCCAAAAACAAAAAGUAUAAUUUGUGCAAGGUCACUUCUUAUACAGAAAGCUGUGAUAAUUUUGCAUGUCUGCAUCGCCACAUAUCUUUUUAUGUAUUCAACGAGCACAGUUGAAUAUAUUCCAGUUAUUAGACCUGACAAUGAACAGCACUGACAACUCUUUGGGCCACCAGGAAGCUAGUUAGUUAUCUUUUUCAUUUUAACUUGUUUUUUGAUUUUCACUCUGUUCACACGGUUUGGAAACUGUUUUAUAAAAGCAAUAAUACUUCUCACUGUGACUACAGGGACUUAAUGAUACCAACACUACAGUAUAUGGCUGCUGGAUAGAUCCCAGUUCAAUGCUGCAUAUGAAAGCAUUAGUCAGUUAAUUGAUAAGUCGAUCAGCAGAAGAUUGGCAAGAAUUUUGAUAAUUGAAUGAAUCCUUUAAGUCAUUUUUAAGCAAAAACACUUAGCAUUCUUUGGCUUCAGCUUGUCAAAUGUGAAGAUUUGCUGCUUUUAUUUGUUUUAAUAUCAUUGUAACCUGAAUAUAUUUGAAUAUUUGACUGUCAGACAGACAACACAGGAGAUUAUGCUGGACAUUUUUCACUAUUUUUGACUAUUUCAUAGACAAAACAAUGAAUCUAUUAAAUGAGAAAAUCCCACUUUAUCCCAAGGCUGACUCUCAAGUGUCAGCUUUUCUAUCAGAGACCUCCUGAUGGACCAAGUCUGACUGAAUCAAUAGGUGUGAUGAGAUGAGGGUGGUAUGAACGAGCAAUACUUGAUGAGCUCUCUGUAUCAGCUGGACAGGCAGACUUCAGAGGUGGUGAUACCUUUCCUGUAGAGUUUUAAUGGAACAGGAGUCUUCCAUUAAUCCUGGUUUCCCAGCAGUAAAAUGCUCCUUUGAUCUGAUAUUUCUUGGCCGGCUGAGUGACACUUGAAAUGCAGAGAGAGGCUGCUCGUCCAUGGACGAACUGCAGCCCCUGUCUGAACGGUAUGAAGGAGGGAGUUCCUCUGGCUCACCCUUCAAGCACAACUUUUGAGCAGCUCGAUCCAAGAAAGUGAUCCGCUCUCACCCAUCAUUAAGGACUGUAUAGGCCUCCAUCUCAGGCUGUCCAUUCCCAAGAAGCACCUUAACAUUCUUGGCUGCUGGAGGCUUGUCAAUCUGUCAGUGCUUGCAGAACAGGAGCUGAUGGAUGUGUCUCCAGUUAUACAGUUUUUUCAUUGAUAUCAUGCAGGACUAAUAGGUGACAACUUGACAGGUGUUACACCACAUUUUCCUUAAUCCAGUGGUGUUUCUGCUGUUUAGUGAAGUUGCUGCAGUUGUUCACAGUAUCCUUGCUGUGUUCACAGUAUGGGCAGUAUUAGUUUUCAGGGUUGAAACAGCUUCUGAUGGCUUGGACGCUAAAUGUAUUUUGACUGACGUUCCUCCGAGGCUGAGUCGCAGCUCGUCAGAUAUGAGCAGGAUAAAACUGUUGUGAUGUGAUUUCCUGAUUGGUUAGAGGCUCCCCUGACCUCAGAUCAAUGCUUCGGCCUCAUGGGGUCAAAUAACUUGAAUAUUUUGACUUUAAAAAUGUAAAGCACCCCUCUGCCGUUCCUUUGAAAAUGAGAACUCAUUGCCGAACCAAGUGCACUUAACCACUUAAAUGUGUAAUUUUGUCCAGGAAAGAUUUUAAAGUGAUUAGAUUUUAAUGUAUUCUUGGUUUUACUAAGACUUUUUCUAUAUGCUGCUUUGGCAUAAUGGCUCUAAGCACUCCUGCAUAUACAUGUGUCUGUUUUUAUUACAUUGUGCUGGUCAUAACACAUAUAAGGGCUACGGAGUUAACAACAUACAUACAAAAUCAAACAUGAUUAUGUCAAGAAAAUACAUUUGCUUAAAAAAAUACACAACUUUUUUUUUAUGUUCUGUUCAUUUUUGUACCACUAAAAUGUUGUAUAUGCACUGCUGAAAUAAUAAAAUGUAGGUUUGUUUAAACAGG